UAAAGAAAGAAAUCCAUAUAUCCAAGCUGUGUAUGAUUUGACAUUGGAAUGGACACGUAGAAACGGUUCUCCAUGGCUUUAUUCAGAUUUUAUUUAUAAUCUAACAAAAGGUGGAAAGAAAUUCAAGGAAAAUUGUGAUUUUGUGCAUAAAGUAGCAGAUGACGUCAUUGAAAAACGUCGCCAAGCUCUGAAAGAUGACGAAGUUUCAUCAAAGAAAUACCUGGACUUUCUCGACAUUUUAUUGACUGCCAGAGACGAAGAUGGUAACCGUAUGUCAAAGGAAGAUAUACGUAAUAAAGUGGACACAUUUAUGUUUGAGGGUCAUGAUACCACAGCUAGCGCCAUCUCUUGGAUCCUGUAUUCCUUGGCAGAGCACCCGGAUCAUCAGAAGCAAUGCCAGGAGGAAAUUGACAGGGUUGUCAGUGAAACCAAGUCUGGAGAACUCGAAUGGAAGGAUCUAGAGAGAUUGGAGUACCUUACACGAUGUAUCAAAGAAGGAAUGCGGCUACACACACCUGUCCCUUUGAUCAUUAGAAACAAUCAGUCUACUAUCACUGUGGAUAAUGAAGUUGUCCCAGCUGGAAGUACGAUACUCAUCAAUAUUUACAGUUUACACCACAAUGCUGAAAUUUGGGGAGAGGACCACAUGAAAUUUAAACCUGAAAGGUUCACAAAAGAAAAUAUGGAAAAGAGAGACUCGUUUGCAUUUUGUCCAUUUUCCGCUGGUCCCAGAAACUGUAUAGGACAAAAUUUUGCCAUGAGCGAGGAAAAGAUAGUUUUAGCAACUCUUCUUCAAAGGUUUACGUUUACCGUGGAUGAAAAACACAUUGUUGAGAAGCAGGUGUUAGUAGUAAUGCGAGCUAAAAAUGGCAUUAAACUGUUUGCUAUUCCAAGGUGAACUACGUCUCCACUGUCAACUUCAAUGCUGAUGUCCGGUUGGCCAGAUGGACAUUCAAAGUUCUUCUUGUAUGAAAAUGAACCUCAAUUUUUUUUACGAUAAAUAUGGGAAGAAAAUAUUUAAAAAUAAAUAAUGUCAUAAGUUUAUCCUUAAAUUUUAAAAGUAUAAUAAAAAAAAUAUUCAAGAUAAACUUGUUUUUAUUUUUGAGUUCUUCAAAUUUACAUGACGGACCUGU